AUGCUUCAAUCUCCCACUUUCACCUUUCUUGUGGGCAGGAACCGCACAGCUUUCACCAUCCAUUCAGAGCUCGUUCGAGACAUAUCGCCCCCACUUCAUGUCCUGAUGAACAAUGGCAACAUGAAAGAAUCUCGCGAAGGUGUGGCGGUACUGGAGGACGUCGAAGCUGAUGUCUUCGCCGCUUUUUGUGAAUAUGUCUACUCGGGA